AUGAGACUUUUGCGCGUUAAGGACUGGCUAUUCGAGGACGGGACACCUGAUCGAAAGUAUGCAAUUCUAUCACACACAUGGAUCCAAGAAGCAAGCGAAGAAGUCUACUAUCCAGAUAUACGUGAUAUAGCUCUGCGCAGUGAUGAGGAAAAUGCUCUCCUCAAAGGUCGACGAGGAUGGAGUAAGGUCAGCAACACCGUCGCUCAAGCCGUACGUGAUGGGCUCGAGUACGUCUGGAUCGACACAUGCUGCAUCGACCAGAAGAAUCCUACCGAACUGACCACUUCGAUCAACUCCAUGUUCGAGUGGUACGCCAAAGCAACCGUCUGUUACGUCUAUCUCGAAGACGUUUUCAAGACGGCAACGCCUAGUCAGAUAGACUUCUCAAAAGCCCGCUGGUCCACUCGGGGCUGGACACUACAGGAGCUCAUUGCUCCGAAAUCAGUCAUCUUCUUCGAUGCUACAUGGGACCUGCUGAGCACACGUGCAGACUCUGCCUGUGAUCUUUCUCGGGUAACAAGUAUAGACGAGGAAGUCCUGCGUGAUGGCCCAAAUAAUCUUUCUGCGUACAGUGUAGCCAAGAGAAUGUCGUGGGCAGCUGGCAGGUGUACUUCUCGCCCAGAAGAUCGAGCGUACUCUUUGUUUGGAAUCUUUGGAAUCACGAUGCCGACACAUUAUGGUGAGGGUGGUAAGAACGCUUUUGUCCGUCUCCAGGAGGAAAUUAUCAAGUAUUCAGACGACCAAUCAUUGAAGUGGUAUAGCUUUACUCCUGGCUCCAUCGCCAGACCACUUUGA